AUGUCCAUGUAUCGCAUCGGACUCGACGUCGGUGGCACUAACACUGACGCCGCCAUCCUGGAUAUCACGGCUUCGGAUACUCCGGGGCGUUGCGUUCUGGCACCCUACAAGACAGCUAAUACGACAGACAUAACCAGCAGCAUUGAGGAUUCUAUUCAUGCGAUACUUGCAGAGUCUAGGGUGGAACAAGGACGCGUACUCAGCGCCACAAUUGGAAUUACUCAUUUCAUCAAUGCGCUGGUGGAAGCAGACUCCAGGAGACUGGAUCGAGUAGCGGUUGUUCGUCUCUGCGGUCCUUUUGCGAGACAAAUACCUCCGUUUCCCAUUUCCCUCUCGGUCUACGAAGAAUCUUGGACGGAGGGGCAUACUAUCUCGAUAGCGGGUGUGAAGUGUUCGGACAUUUAUGAAACAACACAUACCAUCGUGGGUCUUGGCAUUACAUCGGUGGCUAUUGUCGGCAUUUUCUCUCCACUAGACCACCGAGGACUCCAAGGCAAAGCAUGCAAGCAGCUGAUGACCAGCAAGGCGCCUAAAUUCAAGGUAGUAUGCUCCCAUGAUACCAGCCGGACUAGGUUCGUUGAGAGGGAGAAUGCUAUGAUUCUCAAUGCUACAAUCUUGAAGACGAGCACGCAAGUGACGAGGGGUUUCAGACGUGCAAUGGCCAGACUAGGGUUACACUACCCUCUCUUUCUUUCCCAGAACGAUGGAACAAUUAUCGAUGCGGACACUGCCGCACGAAUUUCUGUCAAGAUAUUUGCUUAUAUCGGAAGCACCACGAUAGGCGCCUGUGCGCGUUUGCCUUCUGGAUUCCCUAGACAGGCACCAGGCUUCGUCGAGGUUGGGGGCGUACAGACUGCUUUCUCUAUGCCGGAAGUUGUCUCCAUCGGGCUAGGAGGUGGUAGCAUUGUUCAAGCCAGCGGCGGAGCAAGUGGGGGCGUUAAUGUUGGUCCUGGCUCCGUGGGCCACCGCAUUCAUGAAGAAGCCAUGGUCUUCGGAGGCUCAACUGUCACAUCAACCGACAUCGUCGUGGCUAUGGGCAAGGCCUGUAUCGGCGAUGCUACACUGGUCAAGUAUCUCACGCCUAACAUAGUCAACAGUGCACACCAGGAGAUCAAACGGAUGCUAGAGAAUGCUACCGAUCAAAUGAAAGUAUCGUCAGCGCCUGUACAUGUACUUCUGGUUUCCGGUGAAGUCGAUUCAAUUGAGCUUCCCGAAGGACACGACGAGAGGGCCAUUGUCGUCGUGGCGCAGCAAAGAGCCAUUGAGGAAACCAUUGCGAAAGGCGCAUUGCGGGAUGACGUUCGGAUUGUGGAAAUCAUCCAAACGUCUUUGCAGGAUAUGGACAACGGAGCAAUGAAGUUGCAGGUGAGGGCCGUAGGAUCUCUGGCAAUUCCCGAAUCCCGCAGUGGUAUUCUUGGUACCGGUGGUCGACGGCGAUGCAAUGGGAAGGGCUUAUUAAAGAAUGUAUCAUGCUUAUCUACUUUUAGUGUGUAUGGGUAUAGCCUAACGCCGUGCGUUCUCUCCGAUGCUCGCGGUAACGUUUCCGUUGUCAUGAAUAUCGACACGCCGACGCGACUGGAGAAAAUAUUGCGGAAAACAGCUACAGAGCUCGGCCUUGGAUAUGCUGUCUGUGCGAAGGAAGAAGUGUAA